CAUAAAUUCGAAAACGUCAAAGUUCGAUUAGUCGCAGAUUAGUCAUUGUUGUGGGUUUUCAGUGCAACUUUUCCCAAAUUUUCAAGUUUUAAACGCAGAUUGGUGGUUCCAGAAUCUUAGCAAUGGCCUCCAAUCUACCGGAAGUCCCUGCCUCGUUGAAGACGAUCAGCCACUACUUGAAGACGGCUCAGGAGCACGAUACUCGCGAUCCCAUCGUCAGCUACUGGUGCAGAUUGUAUGCCUUGCAGCUGGGAAUGAAAAUCAAUAGCCAGGGAGUCGAGGAGCGGAAGUUUCUGAUUUACGUUAUGGACUGGCUGGAGACGACAAAGAAAGCGAAUGCUGAUAAUGAUUGCAUCAUUCACGAAGUGGCCGCCCAAGCUUAUCUGGAGAACUACGCACUGAGGUUGUUUUUGUACGCGGACAAACAAGAUCGGGCGGGUAAUUUCGGGAAGAAUGUUGUGAAGGCGUUUUAUACGGCUGGGAUGCUGUACGAUGUGAUGCAAACUUUUGGGGAACUGACGGAAGAGGUUACUCAAAACAGGAAGUACGCCAAGUGGAAGGCUUCAUACAUUCACAAUUGUUUGAAAAAUGGAGAAACUCCUGUUCCGGGACCGAUGAAAACCGACGAAGACAAUGAGCUGGAUAACGAAUUAGCCGGAUUAGGACCAGGACCUUCGGAGAGAAACGACGAACCGAUGGCAGGUCCAAGCAAUACCCAACCACAGGCGCCCUAUCCGUCGAUGGGAUUCCAAAGCUGGCCCCAACCGGGAGGGGGAGAGCAACCUCCUGCGCCUAUUUCAUCCGGUCCUCCGUCAGGGCCAACCAAUUUCGUUACCAACGAUCCUUUCAGCAACGUGAAAGCCCCAACGCCACCAAGUGAACCGGAAAAGCCCCCAGGUGGGUUCCAGCCCUACACAGGCCCUGCAGUGACUAGCGGAGAAGUUCCGGCGCCAGUGUUCAACGCAACUGGAGUGCAAUUGACGGCGGAUCAGUUGACGAAGGCUCAGAAGUACUGCAAAUGGGCCGGAAGUGCGCUCAACUACGAGGACAUCAAGACGGCGAUCGACAAUUUGCAGAAGGCGCUACGAUUGCUGCAAACUGGGCAAGAUAGUUAAGGGCUUGUUGAGUAUUGACGCGAACAGAGUCUCGUUAUUCACACACCAUUAUUAAAUGUUAGGCAUAUAGGAUUGUACACGCAACGCUUUUGGGCUUUCAAUAAAGAUUAUUUACUAACCUAA